AACUCUGCACGCUUACUUAGCUCACAAGAGCCGUGGAAAGGAGUUACUUCUGCCGCCCAGGCAUAGAUAUCAUUACGGAGGACUGCCAUUCUAUCUUUUUCAUCAAAGGGCUAAAGAAGCCCCAGUAAAUAUAGCAUUAUUGGGCGAGUAAGCGUUGUCGGAGAAGACAACGUGAAUUUUAAUCUGAAAAAUGCAGGCUUUAAUGCCUGAACCUCAAAUCUAUGUUGAAAGAACCUUGGCAAUCAUCAAGCCAGAUGUUAUCAACAAAGAGGUAGAAAUAGAAGAUAUAAUUCUCAGAUCAGGAUUUACUAUUGUUCAGAAAAGAAAGCUUCAGCUAAGUCCAGAGCAAUGUAGCAACUUCUAUGUAGAACAGUAUGGGAAAAUGUUCUUUCCAAAUUUGACAGCUUACAUGAGUUCUGGACCUUUAGUUGCAAUGGUUCUUGCUCGGCAAAAGGCAAUCUCAUACUGGAAGGAACUUAUUGGACCCCCAAGUAGUAUAGUAGCUAAGGAAACACAUCCUGACAGUUUAAGAGCAAUCUAUGGAACAGAUGAUCUGAGAAAUGGACUUCAUGGUAGUGCCAGCUUUUCCUCAGCUGAAAGAGAAAUCCGGUUCAUGUUUCCUGAAGUUUUGAUUGAACCAAUUCCAGUUGGGCAAGCUGCUAAAGAUUACCUCAACUUAUAUGUCAUACCUACUCUACUGAAAGGACUUACAGCGCUGUCUAAGAGGAAACCAGCAGAUCCUUUUAUAUGGUUGGCUGAUUGGCUAAUCGAAAAUAAUCCGAAUACACCUAAGUUGCGGCAGAAUGUGGUUGUGGAGGAACCUUAAGAGAAGAGGCUGCUAGUUAAAUCUUAACCAAUUUCCUGCAAGUAUCACAAGUUGUAAUUUUAAAAUAAUUGUUAUAUUGAGAAAUACUACUAACUGGUAUUUGCAAAUGGAAGAGUCAAUGUACAUAUUUGGAUCUUAAACUAAUAAAGAGUA